AUGGCGUUCGUCCUCGUCGGUCUCGUCAGCGCCGCCGUCCUGGGUGCCAUGGACAAGAGCCGGGGCAACAACGAUGCAACGGGAGCCUUCGCGCACCGCGACGCCUGCUCCUCCUCCUCGUCCUCCUCCCGGCAGCAGUCUCACUGGCAGCUCGCGCAGCCCUGUUCAUGCGCCGAGUGCGCCUCCCACAUGGCGGGCGCGCAUCCCGCCCCGCUAACCCGGCGCGAGCACAGGCGCCUCCGCCGGGCCGCGAAGCGCGAAUUCAAGGAGCACCGCCGGGCCGAGCGCCGGGUCUGGAAAGCGGCGCGCCGCGCGGGCGUGCCGGUACCUGCCAAGGUUGCUAGCCCCGAGGUCGACGAGCCCCCGGCUUACGAGCAGGUGGUCGGCAGUGGUCGGCGGUGA